AUCAUGAAGAUGUAGAAAUACUUGGAUUGGAAGAUAUGCUGGGGGAUAUUUGUUUGUCAGAGAGAGAGAGAGAGAGUUCAGUUGCUCUGUUAUCCUUUGAUACUCAUUUUUCACUGAUUUCGGCAAAUGCCCAGAAAUUUUGUUGAGAUUGGUUUGUAUUUUUUGAGGGAUUUGUAAAGAAUAAUGCAAGACAUACACGCCAUUGGCGGUGGAGGAGGCGGCGGCGGUGGUGGUGGUAGGUUCUUUGGGGGCGGAGAUAGGAGGCUGCGGCCCCACAGCCAUCCCAGCCAUCAGGCUUUGAAGUGUCCCCGCUGUGACUCGGUCAACACUAAAUUUUGUUACUACAACAACUACAAUCUCUCCCAGCCGCGCCACUUCUGCAAGAGCUGCCGCCGUUAUUGGACCAAAGGUGGCGUCCUCCGCAACGUUCCCGUCGGGGGAGGUUGCCGGAAGACGAAGCGUUCGAAACAGAAAAGCAGCGUCGCUCCGUCCGGCGAAGCGCAGAGAGAACGUAGCUCGAAUGCGCAAAGUUCGAGCAGCGAGAGCUCCAGCCUCACCGCCGCCACCACGGCCGCAACUCCUACCUCCGCCAUGGCAGAAGAAGGCUCCGCACCGAGUAACACGACUUCGAACUCCGCCGUGGCUUACAGUUUCCCGGAUGCGAGAUUCUUCAACGCAAGCCCUAACUUCGAUCACCAGCCGAUCGUAAAUCAGCCAAGGGACGGCCAGAUCUUUACGACGGAGAUCGGGAGCUUCACGACCCUGAUGACGUCGUCGUCGGAGAUGAUGGGGUUCGGGAUGGGCGACAUUCCGACGACUUCCUACUCGCAGGCGCAGGAGGAGAACCCAAAGCCGGUAUCAGAAAACCCAGGACCUGGGCUGUUGGGGACAGCGGCUGUGGAAGAGCUGAAGAUGCAGGAAAUGACAGGAGGGCUGAACAACGCAGCGGCGACGCUGGACUGGGGGAGCUGCGGCGGUGGAGGAGGUGGAGAAGAUGAAGGGCUGUUUGAUCUAACGGCUGCCAUAGAUCCAGCAUACUGGAGUCAACACCAGUGGACUGACAAUGAUCAAUCGCUGAAUUACCUUCCAUAGUGAUCUAAAUUUCACUUUUUAACCCUCCAUAUACAAAUAUUUAUCAAAUAUGCUCUCUUUUUUUUUUAUCCUUGAAAAUGUAAUUAAAUUUAGAUAUAUUUCUAUUUUUAUUAUUUAUUUUUGGCGUUUUGGAUUGAGUGAUUCUGGUUGAUUUUCUAGCAUGUACAUCUUUGAUUGAUAGAACUGAC